UUCCACAAGGUAACAAUGCAAUGCGAAAAUUUGCGCUCUCCCUGCAGCCUAUGACGUUCACGUUGGCGUCGUCAUUUCGCGCGCUGCAUUGUUGUUUUCCGUGCCACUUGUAAAUCAACAACACUGUAACCUCACCCAUUAACACCACCACCACUGCGCACUCUUGGCUUGUCAUCACUCAAACGCAUAAACGUUCGCAACAACAAUCAAACAAACACAUUAUUGAUAUAGCAGUUGCGGUUGGCGUCGGCUUUGACGCUCGGUUUGUUCGGUGUCAGCGGUCUGCUGUUGUGUAUUGAAUUGAAAGUGCGGCACUGGUGGCACCGAGCGGGCGUUCAACGCAAUUCACCAACAUUGACAUCUGAGCAUUGAAACGAAAAUAAAUACACAAAAUGUAAACAGUAAAACCUACACCUAACACUUCGUUGCUGGCCGUUGUUGUUGUUUUCAUUUGCCGGUAGUUGCCUUUGUUUAUACUGCAUGAACUAGUAAUAACUGCGCUGUCAUUCAUCGGCAGCGUUGCUACGUUCGGUGUUCGGUGUUUGGUUGCGCGAUUUCACUGAUGCCUCUGCUAGUGCAGCGGCUUAGAUAGAUGAAUUUUCCAAAGCAAUUUUUAUUGCAGAUUCAUUUCGCUUUCGGCAACGAAUGUCGUCAGUGGGUGUUUGAUGUGUUCGAUGUAUUAUUUCGUAUAAUCUUUUAAGACGCGUCGUAAAAUUAUUACGGUGAUUUCUCAUUGCAUUCAUUUGUGUAGUUGUUGGGCCAGAAAGUGGAAUAGAGAAAAAGAAAAAUGCAUCUGAUAAAAUCGAUUGUGACAUUCGCCAGGCAACAUCUGAGUGAGGUUUUAUUUUUGAUCAUGGGGUACAUCAUGCGGCGCUUUCUGCGGUCGGCCAUGAUCGUCUUCAGUUGGUUCGUUGUACCCUACAGUCGUUUUACCAACAUCAAAGUGAGCCGUAAAAAGCUGCCGCCAAUACGAAGUCAUCUGCUGGAAAUACCCGCUGUCGAUUUGGCCAAACUGAUUCGCACAGGAAAGAUUAAAAGCGAAGAGGUAGUCGAAGCGUAUAUCGAGCGGUGUAAGCAGGUGAAUCCGUUGAUCAAUGCCAUCGUACAGGAUCGCUUUGAGGAAGCGCUCGAAGAGGCACGCGAAACCGAUCGUAUUAUUGCGUCCGGCAUCAACACCAUCGAGGAGAUGGAGGAGAACACACCGCUGCUGGGCAUACCUGUGACGGUGAAGGAGAGCAUCGCCGUCAAAGGUUUGACCAAUCAGGCGGGUCGUGUCUUCAAGACGCCACAAAUUGCCAAAUCAGAUGCGCCCGUGGUAGAGCAAAUCAAGCGCUGUGGCGGCAUAGUGUUGCUGGUGUCCAAUACACCCGAACUUUGCCUGCUCUGGGAGACUUACAACAAUGUGACGGGCCAAACAAAGAAUCCGUACGAUUUGAAGCGCACACCUGGUGGCUCGUCGGGUGGAGAGGCCGCUUUGUUGGCCAGCGGUGCAUCGCUAUUGGGACUCACCUCCGAUAUUGGCGGCUCGUCACGUCUGCCAGCCAUGUUUAGCGGCAUAUGGGGUCACAAGCCCACACCCUACUCAGUGUCAUUCAAAGGGCAUCAUCCAACCAGUGACUAUCCCAAGUGGGGUGACUUCUUUACCAUUGCACCGAUGACACGCUAUGCUAAGGAUCUGCCAUUACUACUUAAAUGCAUGUUGGAUCCAACAGGUCCCAAGUUGACGCUCGAACGCGAGCUUUGCAUACAGAGCAUACGUUUCUUUUUCAUGGAUAAUGAUGGCCCGUCGGGCAUGAUGCGCCCGCUGAGUCGCGAUUUGCAUGCUGCCAUUAAUCGCGUGGCCACCGAUUUCAAUGCGAAGCGCGUGAAUAUACGAAAAAUGAAACUUUCGCUCGACAUUUCACUCUCCGCCAUGUUGACCAUGAAAAAUAUUGAGACUAUCUAUUAUAAAACAGAGGAAGGCGAACGCCCGAAAACAGUUUGCACAGAGACCGUCAAAUAUUUCUUCGGUUGUUCGGAUAGCAUCCUGCCGUCGGUGAUAUUCGGACAUUUGCAGAAUUUCAUGAAGAUUAUACCAAAUUCACGCCACAAGCACUUGGCCACCAUCAUUGAGGCGCUGAAGACUGAAUUCAAAGAGCUACUCGGCACCGAUGGCGUCUUUCUCUAUCCAACCUUCCCGAAUACGGCGCAUCGGCACUAUCAAAUUUAUCACAAGCUAUUGGAGCCCAUGUAUAUGGCGAUAUUCAAUACGCUGGGACUGCCAGUCACCAACUGUAUGAUCGGUUUGGAUAGGCGAAAUCUACCAAUGGGCAUACAGGUGGUCGCGAAUCCAGGACAAGAUCAUCUUUGCUUGGCGGUGGCGCGCGAAAUGGAACGACGCUACGGUGGUUGGGUGCGGCCGCCCUCAGAAGAGUCAACGAAGCGUGUGUAAAGUACAGAGAAAAUGUGAGCUUGAGCAUAUGAAUGGUGCAAAGUAAAGAAGUACCUACAGAGUGGCGAGGCUGUAACGGGUCAGAAGCUUUGUAGCAAUGCAAAUGAAGAGCAGCCUAAAACUAUGAAUUACAGUAGGGUUAUUUAGUGAAUGCCUUAGCAAUGGUGCGUCAUUUUCCAAGUAUGCUUUUAGUUUAGCAUACUGUUAGGCGCCAAAUUUUUUUUUCGUUUUUUGUCUUAAGCUUUACAAGCGACUGAUGUUUCGAAAUAUAAUACUAUUUUUUAGUAUGUAUGUAUGUAUGUACUUUUUUAGAAUAAGUCUACCUAGUAAUUUGUGACAUCACAUAUUUAUAUUUGUAGUGAUUUCUGUAUAAUUAAAUUUUUUUUAUUUUUUA